CAACUUCCCACACGGCCCCCACCCCCUCCCGCUUAUUACCCCCAGCAUUUUUAACAGAGUACAGACCUAAAAGCUACUCAGGAACCUCUUGCUCCCAUGAAGAACCACUCAAUGUUGACACAUUUCUUCUUCAUCUUCUUCCUCUUUUUUUUCCUCCUUCACCAUAUCACAGUUGCUACUUCCACACCCCCUUACACAGCUGUUGAUAGUAUUACCCUCGACUGUGGCUCUAUCCGCAACUCAAAGGCUACCGAUAAGCGUGACUGGAUCGGAGACAAAGGUUCCAAGUACGGUCCCAUGGAACAAAACAACGAAUCUUAUUCCUCUGAAGCCCAACGCCAAGCAUCAUCCGUUGAGUCUAUCCCCUACAGUACAGCUCGGUUGUCUUAUUCCCAAUUCACAUAUGUGUUUCCGGUCACACCUGGCCCGAAAUUCGUUCGGUUGUACUUUCACUCAGCUGCAUACUCAGGUUUCACUGAGUCUAAAGACUUUUUUACUGUCAAAGCGGGUUCGUACACCUUACUUAGAAACUUCAGCGCUUCCAUUUAUACUGAUUCUUCAGACGAAAAGUCUUUUGUUAAAGAGUUCUGCAUCAAUGUUGAAAAAAAUAAAAAAUUGAACUUAACCUUCAUUCCUUUUACAAGUGAUUCUAUUAGGUACUAUGCUUUCAUUAAUGGUAUUGAGGUUGUCUCCAUGCCUAUGGACCUGUACUAUACCUCAAGUAGUUCUAUUAUAGAAGGUAAAGUUCCUGUUUAUGUUGGCCAGGCUCCUCAGUUCUACAUAAACGACAGCAUGGCACUCGAGAUGGUUUAUCGAUUAAACAUUGGCGGGAGCUCCAUACCCCCAAUGGAAGACACUGGAAUGUUUAGACAAUGGUCCAAGAGCACAAAGGAUAAUUUGUUGAGCAACGGUACAAAUCCUCGUGAUCCAUCUUUGAAACUCAAAUACUCAAAAAUACCAAAAUACAUUGCACCUGAAGCUGUCUAUCAGUCUGCAGCUACAAUGGGUCCCAACAGGACUAGGAACUCAAUGUCUAAUUUGACAUGGGGAUUACCUGUCGAGACGGGAUUUAAUUAUCUGGUGAGGCUCCAUUUCUGCGAAAUAGAAUCUAGGAUAAACGUCUCUGGCACAAGGGUAUUCACCAUCUAUGUAGAUUAUCAGCUAGCAGAAGAAACGGCAGAUGUAAUAUCGUGGGCUGACAGUAGCUAUACGCCAUACUACAAGGACUACGUAGUAAUGAUCCAAAACAAGGGCGAGGACAGUCAUACUCUGGCCAUUGAUUUACACCCUAGAACAGAUGCAACUUUCCGCGAUGCCAUUUUAAACGGUGUGGAAGUGUUCAAAUUGAGCGACCCAUCUGGCAAUCUUGCUAGACUAAAUAUGGUCCCUCCACAACAACCUGCUCUGGCAGCCAACAAGUCUAAGACAAAGAAAACAAUGUUCAUUGCUAUUGGAAUUGGUGUUGGCUUUUUAGUCGUGGCCGCUCUAGUGUGUUUCUUGGUUCUCUGUAAAUUGAAGAAGACUGAGCGUUAUGGUUCUUACCAUCCACUAGCAAAGUGGUGGUGUUGGUUUUGGCCAGAUCCUUACAAAAGAGAGUUCUCAAGGAGAACAGCUUCAUCACUGCCUGGAGAACUAUGCCGCUACUUCAGACUAGAUGAAAUCAAAACAGCAACCAACAACUUCAAUGAAGAUCUAAUUGUCGGUGCAGGUGGCUUUGGCAAUGUUUACAAGGGUCUGAUUGAGCAAGGUAAUAUAGUGGUGGCAAUCAAGCGCAUGAAACAAGAGUCUCAACAAGGCGCUCAUGAGUUUAUGACAGAAAUUGAGAUGCUUUCUAAACUUCGUCAUGUGCACCUUGUAUCUCUCAUUGGAUACUGCAAUGAUGAGGGUGAGAUGAUACUUGUUUACGAGUACAUGACAAAUGGUACCCUCCGCCACUACCUUUAUGACACCCCUAAUGAUCCCCUCACCUGGAAACAAAGGCUCCAGAUAUGCAUAGGAGCAGCACGUGGUUUGCACUACCUACACACAUGUACAAAGCACCCUAUUAUCCACCGUGAUGUGAAGACAACAAAUAUUCUAUUGGAUGAGAAAUGGGUAUCCAAGGUUUCAGAUUUUGGAUUGUCCAAAAUGGGUUUGGAUAACACUGCCGUUAGUACCCUAGUAAAGGGGACAUGGGGGUAUUUGGAUCCAGAUUAUGCAAGGCACCAACAAUUAACUGAGAAAUCAGAUGUGUACUCAUUUGGUGUAGUGAUGUUUGAAGUGUUGUGUGCUCGGAAAGCAUUGAACCAAAGACUCCAACAAGAGGAACGAAAUUUGGCAAGCUGGGCUCGAAAAUGUAUUGAGAGAGGGACCAUUAGUGAAAUCAUUGAUCCAUAUCUAAUGAACAAGAUAGCGCCAGAGUGUUUCAAGGUAUAUGUGGAACUUGCAGAGAGUUGUGUAAGUGAUCAUGGAAUCGAACGGCCCACAAUGAAUGAUGUGAUGGAAAAGUUGGAGUUUGCAUUAGAGCUCCACGAUUAUGCAGAAGCAACCAAGGAUACCGAUUCAAAAGUGGUAUCAUUUCAUGUUGCUACUGCCAAUGGAGCUCCUUGGUACAACAAUGUUUACCAUGGACAGGUGUUGGAGUCAAGUAGUGGAACUGAGUUAAGUACCGUUAAUACUGGAUUAAGUUACCCUGGUCUUGAUUCUAUUACUACUAGUAUCACAAGUCAAGAUGACUCCUCGGCUUAUGCGUGAAUCCUUUGAGUUCUGCUCUUUUAAGCAUGUAAAUAGAGUUUUUAAUGUUGUAGCGCAUGAGCUUGCUCAGCUGGCGCGGUGUGGUGAAUCUUCAUGCUCGUGGUAUGGGGUUUACCCCCCUGCUGUGUCUGUGUUAGUCCAAAAUGACUUGUUGUAUUCGGCCUAAUGCCCUGCUGUGAUUGUCCCUCUGUUGUGUUGUUGUUGGCCUGCUGAGUUUGUUCCUCUGUUGUGUUGUUGUUGGCCUGCUGAGUUUGUUCCUCUGUGGUGUUGUAUUUGGCCUACUGCCCUGCUGUGUUUGUCUCUCUGCUGUGUAUUCCUUUCAGGUUUUAAUGAUAUAUUCUUCCACUUCAAAAAAAAAAAAAAGAUGACUCCUCGGCUACUAAAAAUAGUAGUUCUUCAGCUUUA